GGGAAGGUUUAACAGCUCCGGCUGACGCAGGGAGCUCCGGCCUCGCGCCUGCCCUGCCGGGGCUGAUGUGCCGCCCCAUGGUGCCGGCGGCCAGUGCGGAGCAUGAGGGACCGGCUGGCGGAGCUGCGGCAGCGAGCGGCGGCCGAGGGGGACCCGCAUGAGGAUGGCCUGUGCUUUGACAACCCGGCCUUCGGCGGGGACGACGCCAGCCCCGUCAGCCGGGCGCUGCAGGAGGCGGCCGAGCUCUGGCGGGCACUGGAUGGGCUGGAGCAGCUCUCCGAGAGCAUCGACAGGACGCAGCAGAGGGUGCUGAGCUGCACCUCCGAGGACAGCAUCGCCCGGGAGAAGCAGGGACUCGGUGCCGCCAGAGCCGCCUUCACCCGCCAGGCCGUGGCCCUGCAGCCCCAGCUGGGGGCCCUGCCGGUGGCGCCGCAGGGGGGGACGGGGCAAGCGGGACCCCGCGUCCGCCAGACCCAGCUGUGGCUGCUGCUGCGGCGGUACCGGGCCGUCCUCGCCCGCCACUACGCCCGGGAGAGCCGCUACCGGCAACGGCUGAAGGAGCAGAUCGAGAGGCAGGCGGAGCUGGCGGGCAUCGACCUGGGGGGUGAGGACCUGGACUGGCUGGCUGAGAGCCCUGAGGCACCUCGCAUUGUGGGCCGGGACCUGGAGGAGCUCAAGGCCAGGCAGCACCUGGCCUUGGCCCAGGCGCGCCAACGGCAGCUCCUCGACCUGGAAGCGCAGAUGGCGGAGCUGCACGGGCUCUUCCUGCAGCUGGAGGGGCUGCAGGCCGAGCAGCACGGGGCCGCCGACAGCGUGGAGCACUACGUCCUGCACACCCUCGACUACGUCGCCCAGACCGGCGGCGAGGUGAAGAAAGCCUUCGCGUGCCAGCGGCCGUCGCGGCUCUCGGCCCUGCUGACGGCCAUGCUCAGCCUCUGCGCCUGCUGCACCUGCCUGCCCUGCCUCAGCGGGACCCUCCGGUGA